AUGGUUCGAUACUCAGUCAUCCCUCUUGCGAUUCUCGCCACCCUUUCCUCUUUCGCUGCUGCGAAUAAUUGCAAGACCAACCUCAACUACUGCGGAGCUACACUCCUACGAGUUGGAAACUAUAAUGAGCAAAUUUUGGAGGCACUUAGAGCCAGCGGCCAGCCAACAGACGGAGCGCAUAUUGAAAGGUCGCUGUUUUUUUGCGCCGGAGGUCCCAACGGAGAGAUUAACUUCCUUCAAUUUUGCGGCAGCAGGUGUGUCGAUGGCGGUGCGAACCAUAACGACUAUUGCUAUUGA